AAAUGACUGCUCUUGAGCAACAUAAGACGUUUGAAUUUCCUCUUCAAUUUACUCUAUGGCUAUUGUCAGCGCAUUGCAAAUUUUUUUUGCAAUAAAAGUAGUCACUGAAGUAACGAUUAGUUACUGCAUUUCGGUUGAAAGAGUUGGUAGUUGGUAAUUGUAGAACGGGAGGGAGCUGAGAAGCGGUCGUGAAAAUUGUUGAAAUGAACCAAAGUGGCGGUGAAAAAGAAUUGCGCGAGCAAUUGCUACAGGAAAUCGAAAAUAAAGCUAAAUCGUGUUCGAACCCUACAUUCGAAUGUUCGUUACCACGUUUGGAGGGUUACGAGUUUUGCCUUCGCCAUAUUUUGCGAGAUGUCAAUAGUCCGUACAGGCAAUGCGCCUAUCUGUACCCAAACAGCAGAAAGUGUCCAAAUGCAGUGCUAAAGCAUGACAUCAAAAAGGACCCGGCACUUACCAUGUUGUGUUUCGAGCACAACCGACAAGUGCAGCUCAGUAAGACGCACACUUCCAUAGGAAAGCUAUUACGCGCUGAGACCAAUGACUCUUUGCUCCAUGGUUUAUCACAUCAUUUGAAUUUUGAUAAGAUCACUAAAGAACCAGAAGUUGCUACGGAACCGGAUGAAGAGGAGAUUGAUGUGGUUUCCCCACAUGUUUCGGCUUUUGUCUUAAGUGAACAGGUACAGGAUAUGUCAAAGAUAAAUGCGGACAUGAAGAAUCAACGUCGCAUAUUGGAUUACGCAUCAGAUAGUUCUGCAGAGGAUGAAGAUCCACCCCGUAUGGAGAACACAGCACGUUGCUUUGAAUAUGACGAAUCGGAUGAUGACAGUGUAGCAUCGCUUGAGGAUGAAGAUUUGCUUAAGCAUGCUGGUAUAUACACACGAGAAGAAGUGGCUAAGACGACUGAAAAUAAGCUUACCAGACUGCAGUCACUCUAUUUAAGGCAACUAUCACAUUUGCAAACCGAAAUGAAGAAUUCUCGUAGGAAAUACAUGAUUGCUACACGCGGAGAAAAGGAAGUACUAUCUAGUAUUCAUAAUCAAUUAAAGGAUAGUCCUCAAGAACGUAAACAUUAUGAAAAUUUUAAAGCUUUAAGUACUUAUCACCGUCAUCGCGGCCAGGAUGCAGUAUUGCGCAAAAAAUUCAAAGAGAAACGUCAACGUAUUACCGACGGUCUUAACUAUAAACCAGUGGCCAUGCCUAAAUGCGUUUUUGCAGAGGGUGGGGUGAAGUGUACAACCGCUGCUUUGCCCAGUUGUAAAUAUUGUCGUAAGCAUAUUUUAGAAGACAAAAAGCAAGUGUUGUUUCGAGCAUGUAAUGUUGAAAAAGGUGGAGUUCGGUGUAUGGAUCCAAUUCCUUGUAUAUUUGAUGAUUCCACUUGUCCCCUACAUCUGCCAGCGCCAAUCCAACGUCAAUAUGCGCAAAAGAAGUACGAAUCAGAAACUGAGGAUGACGAUGCCGAGACUCGAAAAUAUAAAGAAGAAUGAUGACAUACAGAAUCUCGACUUAAGCUUUAAAAAAUAUAAUUUUUAUACCUUGAUCCUAGUACAAAUUGUAGAAUUAAUGCUUUGACUAGCUUUAAUUUACAAAAAAAUAAUUAAAUCAUAUUGUUAAUUUUA